AAUCACAUUUGAAACCUCUUUAAUUUGUUUCAGAGGGGGAAAAAUCCCAGAAUGGCAAUGGGACUAGUUCCUGGAUGAACUUGUAUGAGCUAUCUCCCAUAACCCUGUAUUCCCUCACUUGCUAAACACCAUCCAAUCCCUUCUUAUACCUAUCUAAUGUAUCAGUAUAACUAUCAGUAUAACUGUGGGUGGGAGUGUAACAGUGCUGUUAGGAGUCAUAGUUAUGGCAUAAUUAUAAUCUAGUGGUAGAUUUCCCAGUAGAAAGGCAGAAUGCACCUUGUGUGUCAAUGGCUGAUUAAUGCUAAUAAAAAGGCAUAACAAUGUGCAGGCUCCUCCACAGCAAUGUGAAUUUCUCUACAGCAAGCAUAAAAAAAAGCUUAAUGACAACUGCAUUUGCCAUUCGUAAUUACAUACUCCCCACCAGUUCCUGACAGCCUGACAUUCACUUUUGCGCAGGCUUCAGUAACCAACGUCCUCCAUUCACUUUGGUAGAAUUACUGCCCAACACAGGCAGACCAGAAUCGCCCAUUGUCCACACAGUCACUUGGUUUCCCAGGCUGUUCCACACAAUAAUGUUCUGUGUACUGUGUUUGUUAUUGUGUCUGCAGUCCAACUGAUAUCAUAUCACCUGACGAAGGGGCCUGCCCCCGAAACGUUGUGCUGUUUGACACAAUAAACCUAUAGGGGUAUAUCCCCUUUUGCAUUCAAUUCUGUGUGCCGUUUCCUCAAUUCUUCGUUUCCUGCAGUCCAACUGAGCCAGCACAGCCGUCGGCCACACACACUCGGCUCCCCAGUCCCCCUGCAGACUGCACGCUGACGCCGCCCACACAAAUCGUCAUAAUCACACGAGACAAGCUGAGGAAUUUGGAGCAGCCAGGGAGGGAGGAGGAGGAGGGAGCAGCCAGGGAGGAGGGAGCAGCGAAGCAGCUGAAAAAUUCUGCUUUUGCUUGAAUCUGCUGCCUGUCCUCAGCCCACCCAGUGAUUGUCCAGAAUCUUCCAUCCUCUGGAGUCAUUCAUUUUUUUCGCAGUCUAGGACAUGGCCGGGAGAGGACCUGCAAGGCCAAAUGGUCAGUCUCAAGCCAGUAAAAUAUGCCAAUUUAAAUUGGUACUUCUAGGUGAAUCAGCAGUAGGAAAGUCGAGCCUUGUAUUGCGUUUCGUGAAGGGGCAGUUUCAUGAGUUUCAGGAAAGUACCAUUGGUGCGGCAUUUCUCACACAGUCUGUCUGCCUGGAUGACACAACUGUAAAAUUUGAAAUCUGGGAUACAGCAGGACAAGAGAGAUACCACAGUUUGGCACCGAUGUAUUACCGGGGAGCACAGGCUGCCAUUGUGGUGUAUGAUAUCACAAACCAGGAAACAUUUGCCAGAGCCAAGACUUGGGUGAAAGAGCUCCAGAGGCAAGCCAGUCCUAACAUUGUGAUAGCUUUGUCAGGGAACAAGGCUGACCUCACUAGUAAACGAAUGGUGGAGUAUGAAGAAGCUCAAGCAUAUGCAGAUGACAACAGCCUGUUGUUUAUGGAAACCUCUGCCAAGACCGCAAUGAAUGUCAAUGACCUGUUUCUUGCAAUAGCUAAGAAGCUGCCAAAAACGGAACCUCAGAACACUAGUGGUGCACCUGGUAGGAGCAGGGGUGUGGAUCUUCAUGAGCAGACCCAGCAGAACAAGAGCCAGUGCUGCAGCAACUGAUUAAAGAAUUAAAGAGAAGGGGAACCAAGAUAAGAUUAAAACCUCUAUCCCAACACCUGCCCUUAUAUGCUCCAGAAUUACUACUAAACUUCUUUUCGGCACUCUUGCCGGGACCUAACAUUUCUGCACUCUUGCUUUCCUACUCACCAUUGGAUAACAGCACACAACAAGCCAAUGUGCUUGAAACCUAACCAACCACCUCCCACAACACCACCGCCCUCUGAGAGCUCCUGCUAACUGCACUAUUGGGUAUGUUGUUUUGUUUCAAAUAAAAAGAAAACAAGCAAAACACACAGACUACUCUUGGUUACCAAGCAAAGGAUCAUCUGUUGACUACGCCUCCCGAAAAUAGCCAAAAGGAGAAAAACACAAAGCAGCAAACACUUACUACUCACUUAACUAUAGAUGCUUAUAGUGACUUUGGUAUUGAUCUAUGUCUUGAUUUUAGUCUUGUUUUUUUUCUACUUUUCCUCCAUUUCUCCUUAUUUUGCAGGACCCACCAAUUUUACCUUUCCAUAAGAUCUUCAGUCAUAAGCGGAGCUUUGUGCAUUGAGAUCAGGAGAUACCAAGUGUAAACAUAUAUAUACUUUUCCUUUUUUGCUGUUAUUUGUGUUAUUUGUGUAUCUGGACUUUGACUGCUGUUGCUGGUAAAUCAUCCAUCGACUAUGAACUUUUACCACUUUGGCCGAAAAACAUCAGGAGCAAUUGAAUAAAUAUUGUGAAUUUAGUUGGAAGAAUUGUAAGUAAAUUGUUGCCUGUGAGGUUGAACAGUGCAGAGGGGAGCCACUUGUCACUGGAGGGAGAAUUUGUUGUGCACGGUGCUUGUCCAGGCUCCUGUCCCUUUGUCACUAAUACAGGGAUAGUUUUUGCUUUGUUCUGAAAAGCACAUGAGUUGGUUUGUGGGACCUUCUGAAAGAAAAACAUGCAGUAUAUUAAUGCUUCUAUGUACACUCCAAGCUUGGGUCUGCCCAGUGUAAAUGGCAUGUGUAUUUACAGUGACCGUAAAAUAAAAGCAGCACUAGAUUCUUCACAUAAAAAUACCGCUACAUUUUACUUGGAACCUAUUUGUAAUUUUGUUGAUCUAUAAACCUAAUUACAAUAAGAUUUGUUUGUUUUUUUUGGCACUUUCUCUAUGCAGUCACACCUUUCUUGCUAUUAAGCAAGUCCAACCAGGUUGUGGGGGCUUUCUUGCAUGAUUCAUGGCUGUGUUUUGACAUGAACCAUAAACUAACAGCACUUUUAUGGGAAAAUCCAGUGCUGCUAGUGCUUUAUAGGUGCCAGUAUGUAUUAUGCCUUUUUUUCCCCUCUUUAAGCAAAAAAUAUUUUCCCUUGUUAUGCUCAUGAUAAAGCAGAAAUGUCCAAUCAGUGGCCUUUCAACUUUUAAACGAUAACUCUUGGCCUUCAGACUGCAGUUUUGACACCCAGUUUUUGGUCAAAAACCUUGAGAAUCCUGUGGCAUAGAUAUAUUACAUUUCUCGGGACUCUUGUGUAUAUAAAGUUGGAAUAAAAGUGUUCCUAAAACAAUGGUUACUUUAUAUGGUACAGUAACGUGAUAUUAAACUGGAGAUAAGUUUUAUAAGUACAGUCUCUACUACACUGCCAUAAAGCAGUAUAUACACUUUACUAUACAAUUUUUAUGUAUAGGAAGAUAAAGAAAUAUCUUAGCUUAGGGCUGGUGCACCUGGACCACCGGUUUUACGUGGUGAGUGAUCAACAUCUUCUAUAUCCUGUGCUCCCUCCUUUUUUCGGUGGUUUAAAGAAAUACCUUUCCAGUUAAGUUUAAACCCAUUCUACAAUCCGAUGGAUGUCCUGUUCGCAUGUUAUUUUCCCUUGUACCAUGUGAUAAUAUUUACCCAUUGCAAAAGGCUAUAUUCAGCAGCAUGUAUCAAUAAUGCAGUUGGUUGUGGUCCCAAAUCAAUUUAUCAAUAAUGCAGUUGCACUUUAUCUCAUAGGUGGAUGAUGCUUCUGAUUUCAUUGAUGUAUUUUAAUUUCUAAUAUAUAUACAAAAGCAAAA